AUGGCCGAUAUCACUGCUGUCGCUGACGAAAACCCUUCGCCCGCUCAGGACGAGCUCGUCCCUGGUGGCAAUGGCGUGGUAGAGAGCCGCGGCACCAAGCGCCCUCGCUUGAGCACCGCGGAGGACGACGACGACGAUGAAGACAAGCCUGGUCGUGAGCGUCGCAAGAUUGAGAUCAAGUUCAUUCAGGAUAAGUCUCGCCGUCACAUCACUUUCUCCAAGCGCAAGGCCGGAAUCAUGAAGAAGGUGGGUUCCGACUCCACUGCCGACGCAGCAAUUGCUGGCUCCCCUUCCUCCUCCGAGUUCUCCCCGAUACAAUGCCACUAUCCCCCGCUUCAUGCCUACGAAUUGUCGGUCCUCACUGGUACUCAAGUACUCUUGCUUGUCGUGUCCGAGACCGGUCUUGUAUAUACUUUCACAACUCCCAAGCUGCAACCUCUUGUUACAAAGGCAGAGGGCAAGAAUUUGAUACAAUCUUGUUUAAACGCCCCCGAACCCACGAGCGCCGAGAACGGCGUAGACGCCCCGGAAGUCGCCCCAGAAUCCGCCGACGACGUUGCCCAUGCUGCUGUAGGUGCCCAACAAGCCCAGAUGCCCCGAGGCGGCCCAAUGCAUCCGGGCUACAUGACAGCCGACCAGCAGCAACAGAUGGCAUACUAUCAAAAUCUCCAACAGCAACAGCAGCAAGCACAGGCUGGAGGUCAGUAUCCAGGAAUGCCAGUUGGUGGUCGUAUACCUCAACAGCACCAACCCACAGCUUGA